CGUUCCGCGAGUUACACCCUGUGGUUCGACUCGGACUUGGAAAUGAUGCGUCGUGGCGGACCGAGAAAAAUCGAAGCCGGCCACUUAAUGCGCAUUCGUCAACUCGUCGAGCGCAAUGUGGACCGAAGGAAGCAACUGCAACGUCAAAGACGGAUUUUAGAACUGUCACUGGUGAAACCGGGACUGCCUCCACCGGAUCCUAGCAUACUUUUAAGGCUUUUGAAAUACAAUACAUCAAUUUACGACUUAUGUAUCUCGCACAAAGUUCAGUGCAGACUGCCGACUGGCGUCAUUUGUGGAAUUAUUUUUCAUCUCAAGUGUCGUGUGGGGAAUAUAUUUCUUCGACUAUCUAAGGUUAACAAGCUUAUUUAAUUAUAUAUUAUUUCUUAAAGUAGUAGGGAGAUGUUGAUAAAGUGAGACUGAGAUGAGAACAUAACAGCGAAGAAGGGAACGAAGAAACUGCGGACAACUGGGUAGAUUAUUAUCAUCGUCAAUCACAAUCCGCUGCUUCCUUCUACUUGGGAAGCUGAAGAAAAAAUGAAGGGAAAAAUAAGAAAUGGACUCGUUUAAGGUCUAAUACUCGAAGAGCUCACCACCGGCACCGUGUCGAAAAGCAAAAACUUAUACAACAAAAACUCUGGCGCAGCUUUGACGGGUGGUUAUCAACAGCAAGGUGGUUUUGGGAGUUCAAAAAAUGAUUCACGUUUUGGCGGAAAAGGUGAAAAUAACAUAGCGCAAUGUGGUGGAGAUGAUUUUUCUUAAGAAGGGAUGAUACAAACGGGUCUUUUUUGAUCAUGAUUUUGCAGUUUUGUAGAGAGUAAAUAUAUGUGAAUGUGGGAAAAAGUCGUCGUCGCAUGAUAAGAUGAAUCAUGAGAUAUAUUUAUAAUGUUCUUGAAGAACUACUAGCUUAUACUUCUUCUAUAGCACCACUUUGUUGACGAGCCUCCUUCAUAAUCUUCCAAAUUCCCACGGAGUAAGCCUUCCUCAUUGAAGGACCUUCCUCAUAUAACUUCUAAGUCAUAUCGCUGACCCACUCUCCUGGUACUUCUGGAGGCCAUAAAGGUGGCUACAAAGGUGCUGCAAGGCCGCACAGUACUACUAUGUAUAAGGGAGGUUACCACGGAAUCGGAAAAGGAAAAGGCGACGAAAUCGAUUACUAUGAGGACGGAAGCGGAGGCUACGUAGUGCAUAGCGUCUAUUAAGGCUGCUUGCCCUAAUCCUCCAUCUUCAGAUAAUACAUCUUCUCGGAGGGGAGAACAGUAGAUCCGAGACUGUUGAAUUCCAAGAUGGACGACUAGGGUGAGCUCUAAGCUCCCUACAAGAAGGGAGGCAUAAACAAGAACUACCAAGGGAAUCAGCGUUGGAG